AUGACCGACCAAGACAACUACAGCGACAUCCAGCAGGAAGUCCCUGCGUCUGCAGAUAUCGAGCCAGACCCAGAGAACGUAUAUCGCGGACACAAAGCUACCCUCAGCAACCCAAACACCUCAAAAGCAGCCAAAGACCAUUCUCGCCAGGUGCUCGAGAACGAGACUGACGAACCCGUUGACGCUUCAAACAAUAUCCACGGUGUUCAUGGAAGCGGCAACUCGCAGGACGAGCAGAAAGAUCCCGGUAAUAUUGCGCGUGGGUUGAAGGCUAGCAUCAGUAACCAGAAUGUCUCCGACGAAGCUAGGGAGAGGGCCAGGGAGAAGCUGAGAGAGUUGGAAGGUUAG